AAAUAUAGUGAAUUCGUUAAUCAAUUUCUCAGUCUCAAUAUCACGUCCUAAGCACAUUAAAUUUACAAUGAGUCAGAAGAAAGAAACAAAUGUACUAAAAUAUAUACAUUGUCUCAUCUGGAACAAGUCGAAGAAAAUAAUUCAACAUAUGUAAUAUGUUAGUCCAAUUUUUGGAUAGUGAGUUUCCCAUCAUCGAUAUUGUUACAUGAAAAUAAUCACACCAAUUAGUAACUUACCAUGCCCAACACAUUGUUGCCGGUUUGUUGUUUAAGCUAGAUAAUGAUUUUGUUCAAUUGUAGUUUGGAACUUUAAUAUAUUUAAAACCUUAAAACUAAAAUAAAAAUAUUAGAAAAUAAACUUCUAAUAUUCCUUAAAAAUGUUUGACUACCGUGCCAGAGCUGUGCUUUUGGAUAUAGAAGGAACAACAACAUCUAUAAGCUUUGUUAAGGAUGAAUUAUUUCCAUAUGCAAUAGAACAUGCCAAAGAAUUUUUAGAUGAGACUUGGGAGGACGCCACCACAAAAGAAGUGGUUAAUAACUUACAAGUCUUAAACGAAUUCAAUGAGUUCAAACAGAACACGAAUGAAGAUUCCCUUGACAUUUCUUCAAAAAUAAUAGCAGAUUUUGUCAAAUAUUUAACCGAUUUGGAUCUUAAACUUGGGCCAUUUAAAACGUUACAAGGCAUGAUCUGGAAAAAAGGCUAUGAAGAUGGCAAACUAAAAGGCCAUCUAUUUGAUGAUUGCUUUAGCGCAUUUUUUAAUUGGAACUCAGUGGACUUGAACGUGGCAAUUUAUUCCAGCGGUAGUGUUGCUGCACAAAAAUUACUUUUUAGUCAUUCGGUGAGUGGAGAUCUAUCACCAGUAAUAAGUCAUUAUUUUGAUACAACAAUUGGUAACAAACGAGUACCAGAGUCGUAUAUUCAGAUUGCCAAAGAGAUGGGUUUGGUUAUACGUGAGAUUGUAUUUUUAACUGAUGUUUGGGAAGAAGCUAAAGCUGCAAAGCAAGCCGGAAUGCAGGUAAUCAUUAUGUUGCGUCCUGGAAAUGCACCUUUGACUGAACAGCAGCUGAAAGGUUUUGAUACAGCAACGAAUUUUCUUGAAUUUAAAAUUUUUCCAUAAAAGAGUGUUUAAUUAUUAGCAUACAUAAUUAUAAAAUGC